AUGCACAGGAAGAGGCUGGCUGCCGAUUUCUUCUGCGCGAGGAGCUCACAAGAUCCAGAGCACCUUAUGUCUUUUGUCCGACAAGAAGACUCGAGCACGGUCGAGGAGCACCUACAAUUAUACCAAGAUCCGUACCGUCGACGGUAUGCCCAACCUGAUGGGCAAAAGCUGGAGGUGUCGGAUAAGCGGCGGGACUUUGAGCAUCCGACCAAGGAAGAGACUUGCAAGGGCAAUGAUGAGACGAAACGAAUAGUUGCCAAGCUUUGUUCUGCCAUUUCGCAAAAACUGCGUCGCCCCUACUACACCUCUCUUGAGCCGAUAUACGAAAUCUAUCUCCAACUCCCCGAACCUCGAAUGCUUCACCUCACAUGGCAAUGGCGAGACAAGUUUCUCAGGGUCAUGGGGAUGCCACCGAAGCGCGAUUCCGAGUCGAUGCUCCGGUACUUUGCACUGCUUGGCGAUGUGAGAAGCGUUGGCUUGACGCUGCGCCGGACUCAUUGGAACCUCGCCAUGGCGUUUGCUACGAAGUAUGCGGGCCGCGCAACGUCCACCGAGUUGGAGACUGCACUGCGGAUAUGGAGGGAAAUGGAGCGCAAUGCCGGUAUUAAGGGGAACGAAGUGACGUUCAACAUUUUGUUUGAUGUCGCCUCCAAGGUUGGCAAUUAUACCCUGGCCGAGAUGAUUUACAGGGAGAUGGAAAACCGGGAGAUUCCGUACAACCGGUAUCACCAUGUUAGUAUGAUACACUACUUUGGCCUGCAGAUGGACUCGGCAGGGAUCCGGGCUGCCUACAGGGACAUGGUCGAGGCGGGUGAGAUGAUUGACACUGUUGUGCUCAAUUGUGUCAUAUCGGGGCUUCUGAGGUGUGGCGAGGAGGUGGCGGCUGAAGAGACGUAUCGGAGUAUGAGGGAUGUCCAUUCAAUGUCCCCGGAUCUCCCUGAUAGGAACUACGGAAUGCCUCGGGUCAUAACCAAGGUGUUGAUGAUGUUCAGCAGAGUUGGACGGAAGCACCCCGAGCUCGGCAAGUCUUUGCAGAAGCAGAUCGAGCUUAGUCCGAACCUUCAUACCUACAAGCUCUUUGUGGAACACUACUCCACCCGGAUUGGGGAUCUGGCAAAGGUUGCUCAGUACCUGGAUGAGAUGAAGUUUCUUCGGAUCACGAUCCACCCGACCAUCUUCCUGGCUCUGCUCAAGGGCUUCUACUCUCACGGAGGGUAUUCAAGCUCAGAGUGGAGUGAGCAGCGCCUCGAGGGAGUCUUGAAGGCCAUGUACCAGGCCAAGGACGAGGGAGUACGAGGGUUUCGCAUUGACCGGUGGCUGGUCAUCUGGGCUCUGCGAGCAGUCAAGAAGUGCUCCUCCAACGAAGCCGUCGUCCGGGUUUACGAUGAACUGGCUAAGCGCUGGGACAUUGCACCAGACCGGAUCCCGUUCAUUCAGUCCCUGUUCGACAACGUUCUCAACGGCAGCGAUAUGAAGUCGGCGACGGGUCAAUGGGAUGGCCCGUCGUACCGGAGAUACAAAAAAGAUGGAACGCGGUUAUGA